AUGCUGGGGUUUGAUGGAGCCUUGGACGCACCGAGAUCUGCACGGUUUGGUCAGGGCUCUGGUCGUAGUCUUCUAAAGUAUGUCAAUUGUGACGGAACUGAAGAAAACGUAGCAGAUUGUGCUCAUGCAGGGAUUGGACGUUACUCCGACUGCAGUCAUACAAGGGAUGCAGGGGCCGUUUGCUUCUCAGGAAUCCAUCCAAAACCAUUUCAAGUUCGUCUUGUCGGUGGGUCUAACGAUGCUGAAGGCAGAGUAGAGGUACUGUACGACGGCUCCUGGGAAACUAUCUGCGAUGUUGGCUGGGAUCUGAGAGAUGCGAGGGUGGUUUGCAGAAUAGCAGGGUUUAAUGGAGCCUUGGACGCACCGGGAUCUGCACGGUUUGGUCAAGGCUCUGGUCGUAGUCUGCUAACUCAUGUCAGCUGUGACGGAACAGAAGACAACCUAGCAGACUGUGCCAAUGCAGGGAUUGGGCGUUACACAUGUAGUCAUACGAGGGAUGCAGGCGCUGUUUGUUAUUCGGGAGAGCCAUUUCAAGUUCGUCUUACCAAUGGAACCACGGAUUCAGAAGGCAGAGUGAAGGUUUUGUAUAAGGGAAGCUGGGGAACUAUAUGCGAUGACAACUGGGAUCUAAGAGACGCAAGAGUAGUUUGUAAAAUGCUUGAAUUUGACGGAGCUUUAGCCGCACCUGGUAGGGCUACGUUUGGUGCCGGAAGCGGUAAAAUCUUGUUUGAUGACGUCCGAUGCAAGGGUACAGAAUACGCCCUUGCUGAGUGUUACCAUCGAGGGCUUGGAGUCAACAACUGUGAACAUGACAGGGACGCAGACCCAUUCAAGGUUCGUCUCACCGAUGGAGCGAAAGAUUCAGAGGGUAGAGUAGAGGUUAUGUACGAUGGAUCAUGGGGAACUGUCUGUGACAAUGGCUGGGAUCUGAACGAUGCGAGAGUUGUUUGCAGAAUGUUGGGGUUUGAUGGAGCUUUGGCUGCAACAUUUUCUGCACGGUUUGGUCAGGGCAAUGGCAGUAUCCUGCUUGAUGACGUCCAGUGUCACGGAACAGAAAACAACAUAGCAGAUUGUUAUCACAGAGGAAUAACAGUCCAUAACUGUAACCAUGCCAGCGAUUCGGGUGCCAUUUGUUUCUCAGGAGUACGUCUGAUUGGAGGAUCUAAUGACGCUGAAGGUAGAGUAGAGAUUCUACACGAUGGCUCCUGGGGAACUGUCUGCGACGAUUCCUGGGAUAUCAAGGACGCGGAGGUUGUUUGCAGAAUGUUAGGCUUUGAUGGAGCUGUGGAGGCCCCACCUGAUGCUCGAUUUGGUAAAGGAUCUGGGAGCAUCUUUCUCGAUGACGUUCAGUGCCAGGGUACAGAAACUGACAUUGAACGUUGCGAUCAUCACGGCAUCGAUGAGCACAACUGCGCCCACAACGAGGAUGCCAGCGUUAUUUGCAUCCAAAAAGAACGACGCUUAACGAGGUCGAGUAAAGGUAGUACGAUCAUAGAGCCCUGCCAGAACCAGCGGUUUUAUACGGAUGAGGAGCAGAUUUUGGCACAACAGACAAGAAUAGGUGACAACACCCACGACUAUAUGGACAUGACUCCUACGAACAAGACAGCUUCAACGAACAAGGAUGCACAUAUUUAUGCUUAUAGCCUCCGCGUUGGAAAUAAAGACUCAGAUACGUUACCACAGGAUAAUACAGCUACAGUAUCCAGAGCAAUCUGCCAUGAUGAAACAGGGGUACGUCUUAGUAAUGGCUCCAACAAUUCUAAAGGAGGAGUGGAGGUCUUGUACGGUGGAUCAUGGCACACUAUUUGCGAUCGUUACUGGUAUUUGCUCCAAGCGAGGAUGGUUUGCAAGAUGAUGAGGUUCGACGGUGCCCUGGACGCGCCACGAUCGGCUAGGUUUGGUCAGGGUGUUGGUGAUACUAUUGGUGUCGAUUGUUACGGAACAGAAGAGAACUUGGCGGACUGUCCACGCAUAUGGACCACCUCUUCAUGUGUGCAUCGCUGGGAUGCGGGCGCCGUGUGUUACUUAGGAGCCCAUCCUCAGCCAUUUAAAGUUCGUCUUGUCAGUGGAUCUAACGAUGCUGAAGGCAGAAUAGAGGUACAGUACGAUGGAUCCUGGGGAACUAUCUGUGAUAAUGACUGGUGGGAUCUGAGAGACGCGAGGGUGGUUUGUAGAAUGCUGGGGUUUGAUGGAGCCUUGGAGGCACCAGGAUCCGCUAGGUUUGAUCAGGACUCUGGUCGUAUUCUCCUUGUUUUGGUCAACUGUGACGGAACAGAAGACAACCUAGCUGACUGCGCUCAUGCAGGGAUUGAUCGUUACCUAUGUAGUCAUACAGAGGAUGCAGGCGCCUUUUGUUAUUCGGGAGCCCAUCCGAACCAAUUUCAAGUUCGUCUUGUCGGUGGGUCUAACGAUGCUGAAGGGAGAGUAGAGGUAGUGUACGAUGGAUCUUGGGGAACUAUCUGUGAUGACAGCUGGGAUCUGAGAGACGCGAGGGUGGUUUGUAGAAUGCUGGGGUUUGAUGGAGCCUUGAAGGCACCGGGAUCUGCUAGGUUUGGUGAAGGUUCAGGGGAUAUUCUUCUAGAUGACGUCGGGUGUGAGGGAACAGAAGAUAACCUUGCAGAUUGUGCUCAUUCAGGGAUUCGAGUUCACAGCUGUAGACAUGAUGAAGAUGCAGGCACUAUUUGUUACUCAGGAACCCAUCCGAAUCCAUUUCAAGUUCAUCUUGUCGGUGGGUCUAACGAUGCUGAAGGCAGAGUAGAACUCAUGCACGAUGGAUCCUGGGGAACUAUCUGUGAUGUCAGUUGGGGCCUGAGUGACGCGAGGGUGGUUUGCAGAAUGCUGGGGUUUGAUGGAGCCUUGGACGCACCGAGAUCUGCAAGAUUUGGUCAGGGCUCUGGUCGUAUUCUUCUAGUUAAUAUCGAGUGUGAGGAAACAGAAGACAACCUUGCAGACUGUGCUCACCUAUGGAUUGGAAAUUACUGUGGUCAUGGACGCGAUGCCGGCGCCAUUUGUUAUUUAGGAGACGCCAGGGUAGUUUGCAGAAUGCUGGGGUUUGAUGGAGCCUUGGACGCACCGAGAUCUGCACGGUUUGGUCAGGGCUCUGGUCGUAGUCUUCUAAAGUAUGUCAAUUGUGACGGAACUGAAGAAAACGUAGCAGAUUGUGCUCAUGCAGGGAUUGGACGUUACUCCGAGUGCAGUCAUACAAGGGAUGCAGGAGCCGUUUGCUUCUCAGGAAUCCAUCCAAAACCAUUUCAAGUUCGUCUUGUCGGUGGGUCUAACGAUGCUGAAGGCAGAGUAGAGGUAUUGUACGACGGCUCCUGGGAAACUAUCUGCGAUGUUGGCUGGGAUCUGAGAGAUGCGAGGGUGGUUUGCAGAAUAGCAGGGUUUAAUGGAGCCUUGGACGCACCGGGAUCUGCACGGUUUGGUCAAGGCUCUGGUCGUAGUCUGCUAACUCAUGUCAGCUGUGACGGAACAGAAGACAACCUAUCAGACUGUGCCAAUGCAGGGAUUGGGCGUUACACAUGUAGUCAUACGAGGGAUGCAGGCGCUGUUUGUUAUUCGGGAGAGCCAUUUCAAGUUCGUCUUACCAAUGGAACCACGGAUUCAGAAGGCAGAGUGAAGGUUUUGUAUAAGGGAAGCUGGGGAACUAUAUGCGAUGACAACUGGGAUCUAAGAGACGCAAGAGUAGUUUGUAAAAUGCUUGAAUUUGACGGAGCUUUAGCCGCACCUGGUAGGGCUACGUUUGGUGUCGGAAGCGGUAAAAUCUUGUUUGAUGACGUCCGAUGCAAGGGUACAGAAUACGCCCUUGCUGAGUGUUACCAUCGAGGGCUUGGAGUCAACAACUGUGAACAUGACAGGGACGCAGACCCAUUCAAGGUUCGUCUCACCGAUGGAGCGAAAGAUUCAGAGGGUAGAGUAGAGGUUAUGUACGAUGGAUCAUGGGGAACUGUCUGUGACAAUGGCUGGGAUCUGAACGAUGCGAGAGUUGUUUGCAGAAUGUUGGGGUUUGAUGGAGCUUUGGCUGCAACAUUUUCUGCACGGUUUGGUCAGGGCAAUGGCAGUAUCCUGCUUGAUGACGUCCAGUGUCACGGAACAGAAAGCAACAUAGCAGAUUGUUAUCACAGAGGAAUAACAGUCCAUAACUGUAACCAUGCCAGCGAUUCGGGUGCCAUUUGUUUCUCAGGAGUACGUCUGAUUGGAGGAACUUAUGACGCUAAAGGUAGAGUAGAGAUUCUACACGAUGGCUCCUGGGGGACUGUCUGCGACGAUUCGUGGGAUCUCAAGGACGCCGAGGUUGUUUGCAGAAUGUUAAGUUUCGAAGGAGCUUUGGACGCUCCACCUGGUGCUCGAUUUGGUAAAGGAUCUGGGAGCAUCUUUCUCGAUGAAGUUCAGUGCCAGGGGACAGAAACUGACAUUGAACGUUGCGAUCAUGACGGCAUUGGUGUGCACAACUGCGCCCACAACGAGGAUGCCAGCGUUAUUUGCAUCCAAAAAGGAUUAAAUCAAGACAGGUUUGUAGCCUCUACAUACCAGGAUCUGAAUGCUCCUCCCAAACUCCCAGAACGACGCUUAACGAGGUUGAGUAAAGGUAGUGCGUUCAUAGAGCCCUGCCAAAACCAGCGGCUUUAUACGGAUGAGGAGCAGAUUUUGGCACAACAGACAAGAAUAGGUGACAACACCCACGACUAUAUGGACAUGACUCCUAUGAACAAGACAGCUUCAACAAACAAGGAUGCACAUAUUUAUGCUUAUAGCCUCCGCGUUGGAAAUAAAGACACAGAUACGUUACCACAGGAUAAUACAGCGACAAUAUCCAGAGCAAUCUGUCAUGAUGAAACGGAAUGCUGUGGUUCGACGGUGCCCUGGACGCGCCACGAUCGGCCAGGUUUGGUCAGGGUUCUUGUGAUGUUCUUGGUGUCAGUUGCUCGGGAACAGAAGACAGUCUGGCGGACUGUUCCAGCCUGGUUUACUCUUCCUGUGGGCAUCACAGGGAUGCGGGCGCCGUGUGUUACUCAGGAGCCCAUCCAAAUCCACUUCAAGUUUGUCUUGUCGGUGGGUCAAAUGAUGCCGAAGGAAGAGUAG